CUACCAUCUACCUACGUAUAAUUUAGGUGUAAUUAGGUACGAUUACAACCUCUUAACAGAGCAUUUCAACACAUUCAUAUCAUCACACUGCGCUAACAAAGAGAGAUCUUUUAACGAUGAACAACCUAUAUCAUGAUACAAUGGCUGAAUCGCUACAACAUCACAAUGAUCUUGUACAUAAACAAGCAUUGAUAUCAUAUACUAUCGAUAUUGUUCGCAUACGAUCGGUGUCAUCAAUAUAGUAUAUAGUCGCCUAUAUUUUCUCUAAAGUCAGCAUUCCUUUAACCAUCCCACAACAACUUACAAAACCUUACAACACCUUACCACACUUCACAGUCUUUGUAGUAUCUUGCAACAUCCUACAACCACAAACCCAUCUCAGUCCACCAUGUUCACCACGAUGUUAGAUCAAGCGCAGUCCCCAUUCUUCUCUCUUCCGGGAGAGCUCCGCAAUAAGAUCUACAAGUAUUACCACAUCAAUACGCUGGCAAGCUAUGAAUACGACGGUGUCCUCCGUCCUCAGGAGGUUGCCUCAGCACUCUCUAACCCACAUGGUCUUCUCAAGACCUGUAAGCGAGCAUACAAUGAAGCUUAUGACAUGCUCUGCGCCUCCCACGCAGAAAUCACUGCCAUUACGUACCCCAAUUUCCGUCCUGGCUCUGUCCGUAUUUCAAGUGACGGUAUUUUUCAACCUUCUCAGCUUCGCUCCCUCGAUGUCACCUACAUUUAUGAUAUCAGACCUUCUUGUGACAAUCUAUUCUUUUGCCUCAUGUGGUUGGCCCGGGUGGCCCCUAAUAUCCGUCGAUUAAAGAUUACAGUCGACCACGGCAGCCUAGUCUUUCCUCGCCCUGAAUGGACAGCACGAGGAUGCAUCCUAACAACCUUCAACAGGAUCGUUCCGCAAGUCGUAAGUUUUAGGCAACUCGAAUCCGUUGAAUUGCACGGCCGCUUUGAUGCCGAUAUGGCCAAACUUUUACAUAUCCGACUUACUCAUGCAUCCAUGGACGAGCAGGUGAAAUUGUAUAGAGUUGUACCACGCGAACCCACUGAGCCAGUCAGAACGUAUGAAUCUGUUCCGGUGGAAGCUGCGGAUCUGGAGUUGGCACCAGGCGAUGAGGACUUUUACGGCCCAUUGGAUUCCAAUGCGUAUAUAAUAAGCUUAGCGGAAGCUGAAGAGAUAAUGGACCAUUGGUUCUCGGACAACCCACACUAUUGAAGCACCAAGUAGCUUUGCUGGUCCGAAUAGAAUAACACAAUAUGGGCCAAGGAUGAUAUUAAACAUUCCAUAUGAUUAAGCGAAUUUCUUACGUGUGAAUGAAGUUCCAAAUUCGAUUGAAAGGUGUCUAGGAAAGCGGAAGAAAAAGACGGAUUUUAAAGGAGGAAAAAAAAAACACUUACAAUAAAAGUGAAGCGUCUAUAAUGUGUGACAAGCCCUACGUGGGACUCGAACCCACAGCCUCUGAAUAUCUAGUAGAAGUUCAGUGCUCUACCAUUGAGCUAGCAAGGCACUGUUGAAGAUCCUAUUCUUUACGUGUAUAUUGAUUUAAUCUGGAAAUCGACUUGUGGGCUUUCGAAAGCCAAAGAAUUUCAUCCCUUAGACGCUUCA